UGUCGACUAUUAUUCGAAGUGACACACGCAAGCCCUGCCAGUGCGAUUGUUGUUGUACAGAGAAGUGUACGGACAGGCCUCAGAAUUAUCACGAAUACGACUUUCAUGAGAUCAAAACGAGGGGUUUUUGUAUGGCACAUGUUGAAACCUGGUGUUACAAGCUGACGUUCAUUGGUUGGUCUGACGCUACGUCACCGAUUUUGCGACUUGGCUAACGUGAAGCUAUCGAGAAUGCUAACAUGAUGUUGAACCCAACAGCCGGGUUGCCAGAUGACCGAAAAUCAAUGUACAGCCAAACACAGCAAAGUGUGUACAAGACUGGUGAUAAAACCAGCCCGAUUAGCGUCAUACUGGUCAGCUCUGGCAGCAGGGGGAAUAAACUCCUUUUCAGAUACCCUUUUCAAAGAGUGUCUGAAUGUCCGUCAGCUCUUACAGCAAAACAACGGAGUCCUUAUGCACUGAACACCAACGGGGAGGGUCUUGAAGAUCAGGAUGGUGAUUCAAGAGAACAGUCUCCACUAACUGACGAACAGUUGGUAGCAGGGUUCUCUGACAUCAUACUGGCCACCAUCCUGGCCACCAAAUCCGAUAUUUGCGGGAAGAAGUUUGAACUGAAGAUAGACAAUGUUCGAUUUGUGGGUCACCCGACUCUUCUUCAGCAUCCUUCCAUCACUCAGGUUUCAAAGACAGAUCCUUCACCCAAGAGAGAAAUGCCAACCAUGAUCUUGUUCAAUGUGGUGUUUGCUCUGAGGGCAAAUGCUGAUCCAUCGGUCAUCAACUGCAUGCACAAUUUGUCCCACCGCAUCGCGAUAGCUCUGCAGCACGAGGAGCGGCGCUGCCAGUACCUGACCAGAGAAGCCAAACUGAUGCUGGCAGUCCAGGAUGAAAUCACCACCAUGACUGAGAAUGGAAGCCCCCAAUCCCCAUUUAGACAAAUCCUUCCCAAAUGUAAGCUGGCCAGAGACCUGAAAGAAGCUUAUGACAGCCUUUGUACAACUGGCGUGGUGCGACUGCACAUAAACAACUGGCUGGAGGUGAGCUUCUGUUUACCGCACAAGAUCCACGUGAUAGGUGGCACUUAUAUCCCCCCAGAGGCCUUAGAGCACAGCCUUAAGGCUAUAAGACCUUAUCAUGCCCUGCUGCUACUGGAAAGUGAGAAGGCACUGCUGAGCCAGCUUCCCGUGGACUGCUCGCCUGCGAUGGUGCGCCUCAUCAAAACGUGCUCAGCAGUAAAAAACCUGCAGCAGCUCGCUCAGGAUGCUGACCUGGCCUUACUGCAGAUCUUUCAAAUUGCCGCUCACUUGGUUUACUGGGGAAAAGCGAUCAUCAUCUACCCUCUGUGUGAGAACAACGUCUACAUGCUGUCUCCUCAUGCCAACAUCUCCCUAUACUCACCGUUGGCGGAGCAGUUUUCCCUGCAGUUUCCUGGCCAUGAUCUGCCCACCGUGUUAGCCAAGUUCUCUCUGCCUGUCUCACUGGCUGAGUUCAGAAACCCCCUGGAAGCUCCCGCACAGGAGGCCCAGCUGAUUCAGAUGGUGGUGUGGAUGCUCCAGCGGCGCCUGCUGAUCCAGCUGCACACGUACGUCUGCUUAUUGGUUCCGCCCAGCGAGGACGAGCCAGGGUUUAGGGAUGAAGACCCACCACUUGCCACCAGAGUCGGAGGCCGCAGUCUUAGUACUCCGAGCGCUCUCAGCUUCGGCUCCCCGACCAGCAGUGAUGACAUGACCCUCACCAGUCCUAGCAUGGACAACUCCAGUGCAGAGUUACUGCCCGGUGGGGACUCUCCACUAAACAAGAGGAUGACAGAAACGCUGCUAGCAAGUCUGACAGAGCAUGAGAGGCAAGUGAUCCUGAACAUUCCUGCUGCACAAAAUCAAGAGGAUCUGCGGAUGUUUGCCAGGCUGCUUCACUAUUUCCGAGGUCAUCACCACCUGGAAGAGAUUAUGUACAAUGAGAACAUGAGGCGCUCGCAGCUCAAGACACUGUUUGACAAGUUCCGCAGUGUCCUCGUGGUGACCAACCACGAGGAUCCCAUUAUUUCAAUCUUUCAGUCCCCCAUGGAGUAGUGCCACGGCGAGAGGGACGGUAUCAGCGCUCACCCACAGGAAUGAUGACAGUUAAUAGCCUGCUGUUCUCACAGCUAAGUGCUGUUCGUCAACAACGCUCUUUUAAAAUAAAGUGACACAGUAAUUACGUUUAUGUGUGCAGAUUUACACAAUGAAGAAAUAGCUUUUCUUUUAUCAGCCUUUUUUUUU